ACAGACCACAACUCGGACAACACUACGGCGAUGCUGCAGGAGUGGCUGGGGGCGGUGGGGAAGGACUAUCAUUCCGUGGCCUGGAAGGUGCAGGAGGAGCCCAGCUCCUACCCCGACGAGCUAGGGCCCAAGCACUGGAGUGACAAACGCUACGAAAACCUGAUGAGGCUGAAGCAGGAGGCUCUCACCUACGCCCGGGAGCAGCAGGCAGACUACAUCCUGUUUAUGGACACCGACAGCAUCCUGACCAACAACCAGACCCUCAAGUUUCUCAUAGCACAGAACAAGACAGUGGUGGCCCCCAUGCUGGACUCACAGACCUUCUACUCCAAUUUCUGGUGUGGCAUCACGCCCCAGGGGUACUACCGCCGGACAGCUGACUACUUCCCCACCAAGAACCGGCAGCGGGUGGGCUGCUUCUCCGUCCCCAUGGUCUAUGCCACCUUCCUGAUAGACCUGCGGAAGGAGGAGACGUCGCGGUUGGCUUUCUAUCCACCCCAUCCCAACUACACCUGGGCCUUCGACGACAUCAUCGUCUUCGCCUACUCCUGCCAGGCUGCUGGAGUGGAAGUUCAUGUGUGCAACCAGCACCGCUUUGGUUACAUCAAUGUCCCCGUCAAGGCCCACCAGACGCUGGAGGAUGAACAUGCCAACUUUGUGCAUCUCACGCUCGAGGCCAUGGUGGAUGGCCCGCCCAUGCAGCGCUCCAGGCACAUUUCCCUCCUCCCCAGGCCGCUCACAAAAAUGGGCUUUGAUGAAAUCUUCCUGAUCAACCUGGUGCGGAGGCCGGACCGGCGCCAGCGGAUGCUGACAUCCCUGCAGGAGCUGGCGAUCAUCCCACGGGUGGUGGAUGCUGUGGAUGGCAGCACCCUCAACAGCAGUGACAUCAAGGUGCUGGGGGUGGACCUGCUCCCUGGGUACUAUGAUCCGCUGAGUGGGCCCAGUAUGGCCCAGUGCAGUGCUGAGAUGGGUUUGCAUGUCUGACCUCUCCCCCAGAUCGUGUCCCGGGGGCUGGAGCGGUCGGUGGUCUUUGAGGACGACGUGCGCUUCGAGGCUGCGUUCCCAGCACGGCUGCAGCGGCUGAUGGAGGAGCUGGAGAGGGCACAGCAGGACUGGGACCUCAUGUAG